AUGUUCCCUUCUAAGUUUGCUGCUACAGCGCUGACAAUUCUGCAGGACUGGUGUGGAUGGAUGGGUAUCAAUGCCCACCGCUCAGUGCUUAUCCUGGGCAUCCCUGAGGACUGUGAGGAAGAAGAAUUCCAGGAGGCAGUGCAGGCCGCCCUCAGACCUCUGGGCAGGUACCGAGUACUUGGCAAGGUUUUCAGAAAGGAGAUUGGGGCAAAGGUUGCUUUGGUUGAAUUUGCUGACAAUUUAAACCAAAGUUUGAUUCCCCGACAAAUACCAAAUAAUCGGGAGCCCUGGAAUGUGAUCUUCUUGCCUCGGAUCCCUGAUGAAGAUGCCGCUCUUGGAUUCAGUUUCCCUGAACAGGCUCAUGGGCAAGCUUUGGAAGGCACUUCAGAUGCUGGUGAGGCACGAGCUGUGGGUGAGGCAGGAGCUGUGGGUGAGGCAGGAGAUGCUGGUGAGGCAGGAGAUGCUGGUGAGGCAGGAGAUGCUGGUGAGGCAGAAGCUGUGAGUGAGGCAGGAGAUGCUGGUGAGGCAGGAGAUGCUGGUGAGGCAGGAGAUGCUGGUGAGGCAGGAGCUGUGGGUGAGGCAGGAGAUGCUGGUGAGGCAGGAGAUGCUGGUGAGGCAGGAGAUGCUGGUGAGGCAGGAGCUGUGGGUGAGGCAGGAGAUGCUGGUGAGGCAGGAGAUGCUGGUGAGGCAGGAGAUGCGGGUGAGGCAGGAGAUGCGGGUGAGGCAGGAGAUGCGGGAGAGGCGCAUGGUGCUGGAGGCUGGACCCAGCAGUGGAGCCAUGCCCUGCAGCCCAUCCUGGAAAACAUGGCCUACCAGGAGCUGAGGCACUUCUCUGGGAUGGAAGAGCAGCCUGGCUGUGGGGCUCAGUCUUUCGAGAACUGGCUGGACCAUGCCAAUGACAUGCUGUACCUGUGGCGUGACAUAUCCGAGAGCGAGAGGCGGCGGCGGCUGAUGGAGAGCUUGGGGGGCCCUGCCCUGGAUCUCCUGUGCGAGCUUCUGGAAGAGUAUCCAGACACCCCUGCACAGGACUGUCUGGCUGCGCUGGUGCAGGUGUUUGGCAACAAGGAUACAGUGAUGACAGCGCGGAUGAAGUUCCUGACCUGCUCCCAGCGGCCUCAGGAAAGCCUCUUUGCCUACGUGAUGCGCCUGGAAGGUCUGCUGCAGAUGGCCAUCGAAAAGGGAGCCAUCCAGCCUGCAAUGGUGGAUCAGGCGAGGGCCCGGCAGGUGCUGAUGCGGGGCCGGCCCAACCAUAUGCUGCAGAACAACCUGAGAAGGAUGCGGCUGGAGAGGCGGCCGCCUGGCUUUGUGGGGCUGCUCAGGCUCAUUCGGGAGACUGAGGCUUGUGAGGCAGCCAUGGUUGAAAAUGUGAUGGUCCAAGUCGAGGAAGGAGAGCUAGAUGUGGCCCAGGCUGCCCUUGUCAGUGUUGGGGCUGCUGAGCCGGCCCCUGCUCUUGGAGAGGCCUUCCCAGCCAGUGAAGAAGAUGCUGGCCAGGUUGUUGCUGCUGCUGCUGCUCUUGAGCAAGCUGCUGGGGCUGCUCCUGAUGAUGAUGGUGCCCCAAAGGCAGGCCCUGCCUCUGCUGAGGUUGAGGGCCUGCCUGUCUCCCAGAGAGAUGAAAAUGUGUCAGCCCCUGCUGCCUCAGGCCAGGCAGGGCCCACUGAGGGCCUAGGUGUUCCUGAGAGCUUGGCCCAUGCAGGAAAGGAAGAAGAAGAGCAGUCUGUAACAGAGUCGGAAAAUGAGAGUGGGGCAUGGGAGUCUGGUCACCCCAAAUCCUUCUUUGGCGAGUAG